CUUUUUGACGCAGGAAGAAAUGGCAAAUUUGAAAUGGAAGAGAAACGGCGAAAGUACUCGAUCAGCAGCGAUAACUCAGACACCACUGACAGCCAGACAACGUCAACUUCAAGAUGCUCCAAAAUCCCAAAUACAAAAUCUGGUUGGUCAAGACAGAAGGAGAAGAAACCCUCAGAGGUUUUUCGUACAGAUUUGAUAACAGCCAUGAAGAUUCCAGAUUCGUACCAGCUGAGCCCAGAUGAGUACUACAUCCUUGCUGAUCCCUGGAGACAGGAGUGGGAGAAAGGUGUUCAGGUGCCUGCAAAUACAGAAACAAUCCCGGAACCAGUGAUUAGGAUCAUUCCUGCACUAGAUCACUCUUCACCACAGAUCUCUCCAAGCAGUCUGUCCAGCUCUGACAGCUCUGGAGUCACCAGGACAUACUCCAAACGAGUUAGCCGUUACGAUCUGGAUGAAAUAGAUGCUUGCUGGCUGGAACUCUUAAACAUGGAGCUUAAGGAAAUGGAACAGCCAGAAAUGGAUGAAUUCACCCUGGAAAGAGUGCUGGAGGAGCUGGAGACGCUGUGCUACGAAAAUAUGAACAUUGCCAUUGAGACGGAGGAAGGCCUGGGCAUAGAGUACGAUGAGGAUGUCGUGUGUGACGUCUGCCGCUCGCCCGAAGGAGAAGACGGCAACGAGAUGGUUUUCUGUGACAAAUGCAAUGUCUGCGUGCAUCAGGCUUGCUACGGAAUCUUGAAAGUUCCUAUUGGAAACUGGCUUUGCCGAACCUGUGCUCUGGGAGUCCAGCCAAAGUGUUUACUCUGCCCAAAGAGAGGGGGUGCUCUAAAACCCACUCGGAGUGGGACAAAAUGGGUCCACGUUAGCUGUGCCUUAUGGAUACCCGAAGUUAGCAUUGGAUGCCCUGAAAAAAUGGAACCCAUUACAAAGAUUUCACAUAUCCCAGCAAGCAGAUGGGCUUUGUCUUGCAGUCUUUGCAAGGAGUGCACUGGAACAUGCAUUCAGUGUUCCAUGCCUUCCUGCAUCACAGCCUUCCACGUAACAUGCGCCUUUGAACGCAAUCUGGACAUGCGGACACUUUUAGCAGAGAAUGAUGAAGUGAAGUUCAAGUCAUUCUGUCUUGAGCACAGCAGCAAUGCCACUAAGCCACCAGAUCAGGUACUGACAGAGGCAGAUCAAAACAAACUAGACAUGGAGAAGGUAACGCUGAGAAAGCAGAAGCUCCAGCAGCUGGAGGAAGACUUUUAUGAUCUUGUGAAGCCCUCAGAAGUGGCUGAGAACCUUGAUAUGACUGAGUGGCUAGUUGAUUUUGUCUAUCAGUACUGGAAGAUGAAGAGGAAAGCCAAUUACAACAAGCCCUUGAUGGUGCCUAAAACGGAUGAGGUGGACAAUUUGGCUCAACAAGAGCAGGAUGUGCUGUACCGACGCUUGAAGCUUUUCACACACCUCAGGCAGGAUCUUGAAAGGGUUAGAAACCUCUGUUACAUGGUGACAAGGCGAGAGAAAAUGAAGCACUCCAUUUGCAAACUCCAGGAACAGAUCUUCCAUCUCCAGAUGAAACUUAUUGAGAAAGAUCUUUAUCCAGAGCAAACUGGGAAGAGAACAAAGGGAAGGAGAAGUGACCCAAAAAGAAAAGGAAGAGAUGAUAGGAAAAGCAGUCCAGAGAAGAAAGAAAAAAGGAAAUCUGGGAAUGAGUUGGUGCUGCAACAACUGGGUUUGCCACCUUCCUUUCCCAUUGAUGGGACCUUCUUCAACAGCUGGCUGGCUCAGUCUGUACAGAUUACUACAGAGAACAUGGCAAUGAGCGAGUGGUCCUUGAACAAUGGCCAUCACGAAAAUACCACCCCUGGCCUCUCUGAGGAGCUUUUACAAGAUGAAGAAACCUUGUUAAGUUUUAUGAUGGAUCAUUCCUUGAAGUCCCCAUUGAAGCAGAGUGACACAGCGAAGAAAGCUAAAAGCAAGCUGCGCGCACACACUAAGAAAAAACCUGCAAGAAACGGCUUGAAUAACAUCUGCAGAAGUCAACAAGAGGAGGAUUCAAAUCAGUGGACGAAUAAUGUGAAUUAUUUGUCAGACUACACCACAAAAUCUUUAACCCACAAUUUAAGAAACAACAAGGCAGAGAAAAGUAUGGACAGACUGCAGCCAGAGCGCAAAGGGAUGUGUGAAGCAAAAAAGACAUCUAAGAAGGGUUCUCAUCCUGCGCCUCCUCUUCCAAAAGCAAAUGAUUCUCAAGCUUCCCAAGGUCUGAUAAGUAACCUAAGCAAUGAUGAAGAACCGUCUGAUCCUAACUCCCUGGUUAAAGUGCCUGACUCAUUAGGUAGUCCGAAAACAGUAGUGAAGUUCAAAUUACCAAAAGAGGGCAGAGGGACUCGGAGAUCACAGAAUGAGAAGACUGACAUGCUUAAUGGACCUCCAGGAAGUGAAAGAUCAAAGGUUAUCUUACACCCUUUCGACAAUGAGACUGACGGCUACUUUUCAGAUGCAGAAAUGAGCGACUCCGACACAGAAUCCAGUAGCGGCAGAGGGCAUUGUAGCCAGUUAGAUUCAGGAAACGAGGAUCAUUUCAGAAUGAGUAUUUUGGCAUCCUAAUACACCAGAUAGACCAAUUGUGACAGCUCAUUGAGGCCUAAAUCCAGUUAUAACUGCCAUGUCCCAUUUCUUCCUGGUGUCAUAACAGAGGAUUUUAGUUUUAUUUGUUUUAAUUUGUAUAUAAAGGUUUUGAAAUUAGCACUGUUGUUUUUCCUCUUCUCUAUAUGCCUGAGAAAACAGCU